AUGCGCGUAGACCGGCCGCAAUCGCGGCCUGACGUUUUCAAAACAGGCCGCCUUUGGCGACCGGCUCACCAAAAAAAAAUUACGGGCCGCAUUUCGCGGCCCGCUGAGCACAGAUCGACCGCAAUCGCGGCCUUGCGUUUUCAAAAUGGGCCGCCUUUGGCGGCCGACUUACCAAAAAAUAAAAAAUUACGGGCCGCGAAGAGCGAAGACCGGCCGCAAUCGCGGCCUGUCGCUUACACGCAGGCAUCACCAAAUGCACAAACACAAGCCUUAAUUCCCCCAUUUUCUGAUAAAGGUUUCUUUUUCUUCGACAAGGAUAUGAGCAGAGAGAAAGAGGGGCCGCCGGAACCCCUUGAUUUCUUCAUUUGGACUGUUGAGGAUGUUGGCCUGUGGUUGGAAGAGAUAAAUCUAGGCAGCUAUCGCCAGAUUUUCAAGGAAAACGGGGUCAAUGGAGAGUAUUUGGAAGGGAUGUCGAUGUUCACGACCGAGCAGAUUUUGCGGUUCAUAAGGAAGUGUCACAUGAAGUGGGGAGAUUUCAUUACCUUGUGCAAGGAAUUGAGGCGAAUAAAAGUGGCUUGCUUGAAAGGGGAGCAAAAAGUACGACGGCCGUGGUGGGCCCCACAAUGUCUUUUUAUCAAGGCUGCAAAGCACAACAGGCAGUCUCGAGUUGUUUCCUUGAAGAGUAUCCUGGCUAUUUGGGCCACCCAGAUUGUUCUCAUGGGCUUUGUUGAAGGUUACAGAGUUGGAGGAGGCCUGCUUGGAGAAGGCAUGGACAACAUCUACCCUGAUGGGUCGUUCGACCCAUUGGGCAUGGAUGAUGACCCAGAGGCGUUUGCCGAGUAG